CCAAAGAGUUGCUUGCUUCUUUUUGACUUGUUGAGUUGCUGGAUAUUCAGAUUCAGAUUCAGAUUCUUCACAUUAUUCACCCACUCUUUGGCGAAGUGAAUAGGAUUUGUCAGAAUCCUGAUACACAGUGAGCAAUUUUCAAUUCAGAGUCAUUGCUACCAAAUCCGACAAUCAUCUAUCUUCGACUCGACAAAGUCAUAUAGGCGUCCUGAGUUGUAGGUUCCGUUAAUCAUCGUUUCAUUUCUGAAGUGGAAAGCUCUACACAUCGCAGCACUGCUCAUCUGCUGACUCACACUUUCGAGUGAUACUUUCUUUAAUUCUUAUCUACUGAACAAGACCAUCUACUGCUAUCCAUUACUGACUUCUAACUCAUACCAAGUAAUAAGCUAACCUGUACUUUCGUUAACAUACCCACCCCAUUCACUCAUUAUACAAUAUGACAACCCUCGUCCAUCAACAAUCGCAUCACUCGUACGAGUCACAUUCGGCAUCCUACUCGUCGUCCGUAAACGUCGACAAAGUGGUCCAGUCUGUGACAAAUGCCACCAAGAGGUUGUCGCAGAUUUCCACAAACACUAACAAUUCGAACAAGAAGCGCAAGUCCCAGAACAAGAUCGGACCUUGGAAGCUCGGCCGAACUUUGGGUCGAGGCUCCACUGGAAGAGUGAGGUUGGCCAAAAACAUCAACACGGGCAAAUUGGCUGCUGUCAAAAUCGUGCCCAAGUCUAACUUCAAGAAGUUGGAGAAUCCGAAAUACAAGCGUUCGGAGUCUGUAGGAAGUAAAGAGCGUUUGCCGUACGGAAUCGAACGUGAGAUUAUUAUCAUGAAGCUCAUCUCGCAUCCCAACAUCAUGGGCUUGUAUGAUGUGUGGGAGAACAAAAACGACUUGUACUUGAUUCUCGAGUACAUCGAAGGAGGCGAGCUCUUUGACUACUUGAUCAAAAGGGGUAAGCUCCAGGAAUUUGAGGCCAUCAACUACUUCAAGCAGAUCAUCCAUGGUAUUGGCUACUUGCAUCAGUUUAACAUCUGUCAUCGAGACUUGAAGCCAGAAAACUUGCUUUUAGAUUUCAACAAGAACAUCAAGAUCGCUGAUUUCGGUAUGGCUGCCUUGGAAGUCAGAGAAAAGCUUUUGGAAACGUCUUGCGGUUCGCCUCAUUAUGCCAGCCCUGAGAUUGUAGCAGGCAAAAACUACCACGGGGCACCAUCUGAUAUUUGGUCUUGUGGGAUUAUUCUCUUCGCAUUACUUACUGGGCAUUUGCCUUUUGAUGACGAGAACAUCAGAAAGUUGUUAUUGAAAGUCCAGAACGGUAAGUUCAUCAUGCCUCACGACUUGAGCUGGGAAGCUAAAGACUUAAUCUCAAAAAUGUUGAGGGUAGAUCCUUCGGAAAGAAUUACUAUCGAUAAUAUCUUGACUCAUCCGCUCUUGACCAAGUACCCUGAGCCUUCUAUUGGAGACGUUCCCUCAUCUGUUAACGCUAUCCAGAACGUAGGACCAAUAGAAUCUGUAGAAAAGAUCGAUAAAGAAAUUCUCAAGAAUUUGAUCGUCUUGUUUCAUAACUGUGAAGAACAUACCAUUAUUUCCAAGCUUUUGUCGCCGAACAAAUGUCCUGAGAAGAUGUUCUACUACUUGUUGAUGAAGUACCGUAAUGAUCACACCUCUUCAGUGUCUAGUUCAUCAAAUGAUGACGACGCUGAGUUGACGGAUUCCCGGCAGAUCCCCAGAUCUACCUCUAUAGUUUGCACUACAACAGUUGAUCCUCAGACAGGUGAAAAACACGUCUCAGUCAAGAGAAUUCCAAACUCAACCUCGGUCCAUUCGAAUAGAUCAACGCUGAGGAAUAACAAGGUAUUGUCAAACAUCACUAACCAAACUGGUUCGGCCAAGAACUUCAAGGCUUCGACAUCGUUCAACAAGAAGAAGACCAUCAUGAACAAACAGGUGAUUUCACGUACGAGUCUCAAUACCAUGACUUCAAAAGUCAGACGUACACCUCCCAACUCUUCUAACAACCUACAUAGGCCCUCAUCUAAACCUCCGUAUCAAGAGCCUCCUAAGUUAAAGCGGAAGCUCACUGGGUUGUUGGACUUGAAUGAUUUUGAAGGAGAAGGCCAGCCUAAAGCUGCCACUGAUCCUUCAGAGGACAAAGAAAACAUAGAUCUACACCUGAAUUCAAUCAAGCACUCCAAAUCUUUUGACACAAAGACUUUGAUCAAUUUCAAACAGAUAUGUGAUGAUAUGUUCAGCGACUCGAAACCAACAACGUUGCAAGACACUGUCAUUCCCGAAGAAGUGGGACGUAAACGUAAUCCUAGUCAAAGAAGAGCCCCUGAACCUAACGAGAAUCCAAGACAUUCUAUUGCUAGUGAUAAAUCGCUGAUAGUAUUGGACCAGGAGGAAAAGGCACUUCAGGAGAAUGCAGCAAAAGAAGUAGAACGUAGACGCCAGCUGUUGCUCUUGCAAGAAAAACAAAAGGCAGCCUUGGAGAAAUUGAGGAAACAUCAGAGUAAUAACGACUUCUCCAACUUGGUUACUGGUUCACGUCAUUUUACUGAGCCAGUUAGAUCUUCUUUGGAUCCAAGAGUAAACACUUUAUUGAGAGCUAAAUCUUUGGCCACUCCUAGACCUAACUAUGGAUCUAGAAAUACGCUCAAUGGUUUCAACAACAAUACCAAUAAGGUAUUGAACAAGUUAGGUAUUGAAGUCAUACCCUCACCCAGAAAGUUGAACAAUGGUUUAAAAACUUCAUCUUCUAAAAACUUAGCAGGUUAUCUAUUAACAUCUGCUAAUAACGUAGAAUCUCCAAAAACCGGGCAUGAAAUUUUCCAGGACAAUAAUGAUAACAAAAAGGAUAUAAGUUUGGAUCAGUUUAGCAAACAGGAAAAGGAGCAAAGAAAUAUCUUGAAACCAACUACUAGUGCCAACAGCUUCAAUGUUAGUCCUAAGAGAAACAGUGUCCAGAGUUCUUACUAUAAGUCUCUUCUUACUGACAUAGAUGAAACGAAGCCUAUCAAAGAGAUCAAGCCUCUGGUACUCCCAGAAGAAGAAUUCCUAGUUAAGUCUUCGAUAUCUAAAGCACAAUUGCCCAAUCCUAGAUUCUCAAGAUUCUCGUUUGGUGCUAUUCUCAGUGAGAGUUAUGCCCCUGAAGCCGACGCCACUAUCUUGAACAGUAUCCAUACCUCAGCUGGAACAGUUGUAAGAAAGAACAAGAAAUCUGAUACUCAAGAAACUACCAAGAGUUUGGGGCAGUUGAAGAAGUCUUCUACUACCAAUUUGUUAGGCUUGGGUAUCAAAAUGAAAGAAUCUAUCAAAGAAGAUGAAGGCAGACUUCGAAGCGAUUCUAAAAAGAGAGUUGUAUCAACUGCUUCUUCUAGAUUGAGUGGACCUGCUGCAGCCGCCUUCAUUUCUGUAAACGUAUCGGAAUCUGUAGAUGAAGACACCAACAAUUCUAAUAGUUUGCAAAAGAAUGCCGUCAGCGAUUAUGAUUCUGAUGCCGACUUCGAGAAUGAAUCUGAUGCUACAAUGUUGGACGAAAUUGAUUUCACUCGUGCUUCGACGUUUACUCGAAGUCAAGAGCCUUCCACUCGUCACCGAAAUAAUACUUUGAAUCUAUUGGAAGCUGAUCUUUCCAAUUUUGAACUCAUCAGUUCGAGAACUGCUGAUAUCGGUAAGCUCAACACUUCGAGACCCAAUAUGAUUGAAAAUCUGGAAACCUCCAAUGAUACGUUAUUGACCCAUAAUGAAGUUGACGAUGAAGACAGUGCCACCUCAGUUACUAAGUCUAUUGAAACUGAAAAGCCAACCAGACUUUCUGACAUCGACAAGCCUAACUUGGCUCAUGGAUCUGUAAAGACUUCACAUAUUCCAGUCGAGGAAGAGUCUGACAACGAAUCAUUUGCAAUUGGGGAUAACCGUUCUGACAUUUUGGACCAGGCUCUGAUUGCCAAUACCAGCAUUGACGACAAUAACACUUUUGAUUUCGACGAAUCAAAACAUAACCUGAAGAUAGUAGAAGAUGAAAACACCUCCUUAAAGAGAACCAGAGUUGACACUGAGAUCUUCAGCACCAUGAACAUGAACAACGUGAGAGUUCAAACACCAGAAGUUAAAGCUAACACAAACACUACCUCAGUAAAUCACAAAGUUGACUUCAUUCCAUCUCUAAGUCUAGGUUAUGAUACUCUUGAUGAUGAUGGCCAAAUCAUAACCAACAAAUCUGGCAAGCAGGAUGUGUUGAGAAGAUUCAGUAUGCAACCCAGAAGACCUGCUCCGAAGGCUCCAGGGAUGUUGGAGGAAGAGGUAAAGAGACCAAAGAGACUCUCCAAGAUUUUCCCAAAUGUCUUGAAUCAGAAUAACGACAACCAGAAGACUGGCAGUCCUGUUCAGGCUAGUAAGAGUAACUGGUUCAAGAAGUUCUUUCAGUCUAUCACUACACCCAAGAUUGGAAGCCAGGAAGAUACUGCUGCUGUUAGCUCCAAGAACAUGUUUAUAAUGGACUGUAGCUUGACAUCGCUGUCUUUGUUCAGAAUCAUCAGAAUGCAGUUGGAGUUGAAGAAGAUCGAAGGGACGAUUGAAAAGGUUCAUAUAGACCAAGAAUUUGGUCUCAUCAACGGUGUGAUUCCUGCCAGAUAUGCCCAUGGCAGAAAGUUGAAGUUCAAUAUCGAAAUCAUCGACCUCAUCAACACCUCGUCCUUGCAUUUGAUGAAGGUAAAGGGUAACGACAAGGGGUUUAAAAACUUGGUCAACAUCGUGAGUUUCAUAGUCAAGAACGAAGAAGAGGCUACAGGUAGCAGACGUUCCAAGGCAUACAAGUUUUCCGGUUUCCAGCAACCAUAGUGGAUUUUUACAAUAGAUAUAUAAACUGAUUAAUAAAGAAUAUUUGAAUAAG